UACUAGAGAAAAAGAUCUGUUAAUUCAAAGAGGAUGUGAACUUGCGAAAUAUUGGGCCCAAUUACAGGUGCAUUCUCUUUGGCCUUGGGUCUGUAUCAUUGGCUCUGUGUACCUGGAGAAGCCUAUAGUCGAACCACUUACUGAUUUUAUUCUCAUAGCAGAUUGUUCUGAAGAUAAUAAGAAAAGGUUGGAUAAGUCCAAGGCUGAAAAAAUACAAAGGCUUACUGAAGAACUGAGAGACUUGAUUUGGAAGGCGAAAACUAACAAAAGAAAAAUUAUCAUUGUCAAGUUCACCAAGAGUGAUAUUAAUCUCCUUCAUAAUAAAAAGAUUAUUUAUACUGAUGAUGAAUCUUUCAAAGGUUGGCAAAUGGUUAUUUCAGAUGAAAAUGAAAAGAGUCAGGAAGGAUUACUGAAAUUGCACAAGUAA